CCUGCAACAUACAACUCUUCUGCAGCUCCCUUCCACAAACCUACUUCCACUGGACUUGAAUUCAUCAUCUCCCAGACUUACUGGCUAAUGCAAUUAACAAAGACGAGCAAACGUCCAAGGAAACCAAUCACUCAAGCCGGCCUUGUCACGCAGGACCUACAGUACAGUUACUGUACAUAUCAUCCAAUGCGCCCAGCAACUCAACCCACACCUCUACCCUGAAACCACCAAGCACGAAGCAAGAAUACUGCCCCCCCAGCUCUUGACAUACCUAUACGUACUCUCCACCAAACCCACAGUCUCAGUCACGAUUACGACGACGACGACGACGACGACGACGACCACCACCACCAAACCGCCUCACAUCCACAUCCACCCAACAUCCCCCGCACCACCAACCUCUCCAAACAACCACCACUACCACCACGACGCAACAAAAGAUUCAAGAAAGAUGACCCCCUCCCUCCGCCGCCUCACGCGCGAACAAGCCGACCUCCUCAAAAACCCCGACCCAACCUUCCACGCCGCGCCCAUCAGCGCCUCCAACCUAUACGACUGGCACUUCACGCUGCAGGGCCCGCCGGCGCCCUCCCCAUACAGCGAGGGGAUCUACCACGGCCGGAUCGUGCUCCCCCCGACGUACCCGCUGCGCCCGCCCUCCUUCCGGUUCCUGACCCCCUCCGGCCGCUUCGAGGUCAACCGCGAGAUUUGUCUCAGUAUCUCGGGCCACCAUGAGGAGACGUGGCAGCCGGCGUGGGGAAUCCGGACGGCGUUGAUCGCCCUCCGGAGCUUUAUGGAUGGGGAUGCCAGGGGCCAGGUGGGCGGAUUGGAUGUGGGGGAGGAGGUGCGGAGGAGGUAUGCGGUUGCGUCGAGGGAGUGGAGGUGUGAGGGGUGUAAGGGGCAGAUCUUUGGGGAGGAUGAGGAGGGGGAUGAGGAGGGGGCUGGUGAGCAGGCGGGGAGGACGAAUUUGGAGGUUUUGGAGGCGUGGUGGGGGUUUUGUCGGGAGAGGGGGGUGGAUGUUUCUGGGGUUGGUGGAGAGGAUGCACAGACGCUUACUACUACCUCGACAUCAGCUGCUGCUGCUGCAUCAACACCAACAUCAACAACACAAUUACCAGCUGUGCAGCAACAACCAGACCAAACACCUCGGCAGCGCCAGAUACUGCUCCAACCUCAACCUCAACCUCAACACCAACAGCAGCAGCAAAUAUCCCCCGAUACACCCUGGCUCGACCGGGCUAUCGUCGGCGUGAUCGUCGCCCUGGUGGUCAUGAUCCUCCGGCGCAUCGCCAGAGACGAAUAAUUUCUUGCCCAUACAAAAGCAUGGAUGGGAUAUCUUGGCGUUUAUGGGACAUUAUCAAGCCCAGGCGUUGUCUUGUAUUGUACUUGUAUCCUUCUACCAGGAUGUCGGUAACUUAAAGUUGCACCUUCAGUUCACUAAUAAACCAAACGAUAUCAGAUCUUGC